UCUCCUGUUUUCAAGAUGAAGUUCGUUCUGGUAGCUAUGUUAGUAGUGGUGGCGCAGCGCUGCCUGAUUGGUACCACCGCGCGCACAGAUAAACGCUCCGAGUCAACUCUUGACCAAGCUCUCCGUCCGUUGUACAGUCAAAUCGAUACCUUUCGGUACCAACUGGAUGCUGUCAAAGCGCUUGGUAGUGUUCAUUGCAACAAAGCUUCGGAAUGGCAGUUGGUUUUUAAAGGUAUGGCGGGGAAAGGAGUUAAGUUGUACGGAAUGUGGACUGCAGCAUCUUGGGACGACAACACGAUGGGUGUCAGUGGGAGUUGGCGGGAUGAAUCGCUGCAUGACAGCUGGAAAAGUGGAGAACUGAGCGUUAGGCGAGUAAAACUUUCCCUGCAUGAUUUCGAGGGGCGCAGAGUUGACCUGAUAUUCAACGGUAUCGGGACGGAUAUCCAUAACUGGUUCACCCAAGAGCGCCUCAUCUCAAGCCCCUGGCAGAACUUGAAAUCAUCCACACCAGACUUCUUCAGCACUGACGGGUAUAUUCAAGAAGAUCGACGAUUCUACAUUAAUAACAUACACAAUUCAUGCCCGGGCGACAGAGGCUGGUUGGUCGUGAUAGAUUCCGGUAUCACAGCGGAUUGCGCAUGGGGAAGACCGUCCACGGCGUAUCCCUACCCGAUUAUACUGUACAGCAGGUUGACGGGCGACGUACUUUGGAAUAACGUUAUCAGUGCAGGUGACGUUACAGUUGGACACGCGGACUUUCUCACCAUCCACGUCGAUGCCGAGUAGAGAUUGCGAAGGCUAACCCAAAACAAACAAAACAAUUCUCUGAAACAAUCUGAGAUGAUGUAUCAAAGCUGUUUCAGAAAGAACGUUAUUUUCUUUGCUUGACAUAAUAUCUGAGAUUUUGAUAGUUGUGUUUAAUUAGGCCUAUUGAAAAAAAACAGGUUUUUAAAUUGAUUUGGCAACCAAUUUUGAUGACGAAUUACUCACUUUCGCACGAAUUUGGAUGCACGUUUAGAUCAACAUUCAAUUAAAUAAAUAAAUCGUUCAAUGAAAUCUAAAGGCAUGCGAUUGUACUUUUCAAUGAUUCAAUUUUAACUUAUGCAUUUAAAUUAACAUUUGACACUGGGUCAUUCAAAUUCGCUCAAAUUGUGUCAGUUUGGUCAUUCGAAUUCGCCAUUAAGCAAGCAUUUGUGAAAUGUGAGCAAAGGAAAUCGAAAUCGGUUCAUAUUAUUAUUUGUUCGUCAAAAUUCAAUAGAGUGUCUUUGUUCCAAUUGGAAAGUACAUGAGAAUUUUCUCACUAGAUUCUUCUACAAAGCAGCAGCCACAAAAGAACCAAAUCACACCCCCCCCCUCUUUGUUUGCACAUCAAAAAGAAAAUUCAGUUAUUAGUUAAAUGAAGCAUGUUUAAGAUGAAGCAAAUUGAAUAA